AUGAAGCUCCUCGGACGAUUACCACACAAAGGGGAGCUUGGAUGGGUAACGCUGAUCCCGGAAGAAGCUGAAGAUAUGUGGCACCUAUACAAUUUGAUUCGCGUCGGCGACUCUGUUCAGAGCAAAACAAUGCGCAAGGUGGUCAGCGAAUCGAACACCGGUUCGACGAUGGCGCAACGUGUGAUCUUGAGGCUCACCAUUGCAAUUGAGACGAUAGACUAUGAUCCGGGAGAGUCGGCCUUGCACUUGAAGGGCAAAAAUUUGGAAGAGAAUGAGCAAGUGAAACUGGGGCAAUAUCACACCCUCGACCUGGAGCCGGGCAGAAAAUUCAAAUUGACAAAGGACGAAUGGGACCUCAUGGAUAUCGAGCGACUACAAGAAGCUCUGGAUCCGGCCACACAAGCUGAUGUCGCGGCGGUUGUACUCCACGAGGGAUUGGCACAUGUCUGCUUGCUCACACCAGCCAUGACUCUAGUAAGAGCAAAGAUUGAUAUGCAGGUGAUCAAAUGCUGUUUAAUAGCUGCUCGCGGCUUUUUGAAUCAACAAUUCUUGACACAUCUCAUCAAUUUUGCUGAUGGCCAAGGCAAGAAAUUUACCGGGGAGCAAAAGGGCAAAUUUGUCUUGGCGCACGCAUCUAGCGGCUUCAAGCAUGCCCUGAAAGAAGUACUUGAAGACACGAAAGUUGCCGCCCGGUUGGCAGAGACAAAGGCACAAGGCGAAGUGAAAGCGUUAAAACAAUUCUUCGAUUUGAUGGCCAACGAUCCUGACCGCGCGUAUUAUGGCUACAAGCACGUACUCAAAGCAAACGAGGAAAACGCAAUCGAAACAUUGAUGCUGGCCGACUCCCUCUUCCGGUCUCAAGAUAUCGCCACACGAAAAAAAUACAUCAAAUUGGUGGAAAGUGCGCGAGAAAAUAAUGCAACCGUCCUGAUCUUCUCCUCGAUGCACGUCAGCGGCGAGCAGCUAGCAUUAUUAACCGGUUGCGCGGCAAUAUUAAGGUUCGGCAUGCCCGAGCUUGACGAUGAAGCCAUGAGCGACGAUGAGCAAAAA